AUGGCAUGUCUGCACCUUCUCGCCUGCCAGUUCUUUCACGGGCCAGCCGCGGAGGACCAAGCAGCCACCACCAUCCAGUGAGCCUUCCCGAAGCUCCUGGCGAGAAAGGAGCAGGCACGUGAUCAGGACCACCAGGACUACCUGGAGCUGAUGGAGAAGCUGCAGAGGGAGGCCUUCGUGGCCCUGUUGCGGCGGGAGCAGGAGGCGGCCCGGCGGCAGUGGGAAGAAGCGGCGGCGGCCGAGCGGCGGCGGCAGGAGGAGCGGCAGCGCGGGGCGCGCCUGCUGGAGGCGGCCUUCGACGGGAACCUGGGCGAGAUCCAGGCGAUCCUGCGGGAGGUGGACGCGCUGCUGAACCGCGAGGGCGUGAGCUGCAACGCGGCGCGGGCGGCGCGGCGGCUGCAGCGGCGCCUGGCCCUGGUGGACUUCGAGGAAGCGGCGGCGGGCGGGCAGUCCCUGGCCAUCCAGCUGCUAGCCGAGCAGGGCGCCAGUCGCAACAUCAAGGGCGCCUUCGGCCGGACGCCGCUGUACCGAGCGGCCUGGGGCCACCUGGAAGCCGUGGAGGUGCUUCUGAAGCUCGGAGCUGACCCCCGGGUGUAUGCGGACGGCGGAAGCACCCCCGAGCAGGUGGCCUCGCUGGACGCGGUGGUCAGCAUGCUGCAGUGCUGGGACCCGAGCCUCACAGAUGCCAUGCUCCAGAACAUGGAGGCCCAGCGGCAGCGCCGGGGCCAGGAGACCAAGCAGCACACGGGGGCGGAGGCCAAGUGGUGGCUUCAGCCGGCCCCGCCCCCCCCCCCCAACCAGCAGCAGGCCUACCGCGAGCUCAACCCGAGGAUCGAGGAUCGAGGAUCGAGGAGCACAACAAGGGUUAACGGAGGGGCGCGGGCAUGGCUGAGCUCACUCGGCAGGUUGGCUACUCCCCCUCGGCCCAGACUCCCAAACCCGGGGUGUCACCUUCCCGCAGCCGCGUGGCGGGGGGGGCGGGGCGGCCCCCCUCCCAGCCCCUUCCUUAGGGGUCCCGGCUGCGCCCGGCAGGCGGGGGUGGGGGUCCGGCCUUGCCCUGAGCGGAGCGUAGGGCCCCUCCUCCAGGCCGUCAAGGACGCGGAGGCCCGAGUGGACAGGCUCCGGUAGGAGUCCCAAAAGGCGGAGGAGACCCCGGCCCUGGCCAGGCUGGAGUGCGGGGGGCGGGCCCAGGAGGGGGAGGAGGAGGCGCCCGGGCUGAAGUGUCAGGUCACCGAGCUCCACGACGUGCUGUUGAAGGACGUGGGUGAUCGCAUCCGCGCUGACUGCAGGUGGCCUCUUGUCAUCGACCCUUCGGGCCAGGCGGCCACCUUCCUGCGCUACCAGGACACCAACUAUGUGGACACCGUGAACCCAGACCACCUGAGGCCGGAGAGGAUCAGGCUGGCGCUGCUGGGGGCGCUCGGGUUCGGGAAGCCGCGGGCGUCCGACCUGCGUGAAGUGGACCUGUUCUCGGCGGCGCAGCGGCAGCUGGAGGCGGUGCAGCUGGGCCUGGCGCAGGAGCUGCUGGGCCUCGGGCUGCUGGAGCGGGAGAGGAACCUGUCGCCGACCGACCGGCCCGAGUACAGCCCCAGCCAGUGCCAGGAGGCGCGCCUGGGGCACUUCCGCCUCUUCUCCGGCACCGCCGACCGACCGGCCCGAGUACAGCCCCAGCCAGUGCCAGGAGGCGCGCCUGGGGCACUUCCGCCUCUUCUCCGGCACCGCCGACCGACCGGCCCGAGUACAGCCCCAGCCAGUGCCAGGAGGCGCGCCUGGGGCACUUCCGCCUCUUCUCCGGCACCGCCGACCAACCGGCCCGAGUACAGCCCCAGGGCGCCGGGUCCGCGAACGUGCACGCGUCCGCGUCAGGGCUCUGGGCGUGCGCCGUGCAGGGGAGGGGGCCGGCCGGGAGCCCCAGCUGGGGUACCCCGGCCGGCGGGCCCAAUCAGUUCCUCCCGCUGUGAGGCAGUGCACAGUCGGGGCGACGUGGGAGCUCGUGGUCCCCGCACCGGCCCCACAUUUGGAGGAGCAGAAGGGGUGGGCGUUGGUUGUGCCGGCGGGUGGACAGACAGACAGACUAGAGGUAAAACGUAG